GAAAAUAAACACGGUUUCUUUCCCUCCCCCGCUUCCUCUCCUCUUCCUCUACUCCAUCCAAUUCCCCCCUAAAUCAUAUAUAAAAAUAUAUAUAAAAAACUCUCCCCCUACUCUCUUUCUUCUAUUACUAUCCUUUCCCUCCUCUAUACUCUCUCUCUUCUUCUUUUUGGUGCAGCACAAUUACAUAAGCCACUGGAGCAAAAGUGCUUGUGGAAUAAAAAGAGGCUUCUUGGGAGGAGAAAGGAAUAAUAGUAAGUUAAGAGAGAUGGUGCACCAUCAUAGGAAUUAUCAUGUGCAGCCGCAUAGGAAAGAGGAUUUGGAGGAGCAGCAGCAGCAGCAGCAGAAACAGAAGCAUCAAAUUCAAGAUCCUCCGGUGGAGCAGGCUCAUCGCCUGCGCCACCUGAUGGAUUACGCGUAUUUCGUGGGCCACCACCGGUCGAGGGUGUCGAACACCGCCUUCCUCCGCCUCCUCUUCCUCUUCUCCCUCAUCUCCUGCACCCUCCUCUUCGCCCCUCGCGUCUUCUUUUACACCUUCGGAGCAGACGACGUAGAAUUCCGAAUGCGGCCGCGGGAAGACGACCAGAGCUGGGCCGCGCCGUGCUCGACCGUCAGGAACGACAGCAUCUGCUGCGACCGCACGGCGUUCCGCACCGAUGUCUGCUUCAUGCGCGGCGACGUCCGCACCCACGCUGCCUCCAACUCCAUCUUCCUCCUAUCUCCUUCUUCUUCUCCUUCCAAUUCGACCGUCGACGAGAAGAUCAGGCCCUACACUCGCAAGUGGGAGGCCAGCGUCAUGAGCACCAUCGACGAGCUCAGCCUCCGCACCGUCGCCGCCGCCAACCGCUGCGACGUCGUCCACCGCGUCCCCGCGGUGGUGUUCUCCACCGGCGGGUACACCGGCAACGUGUACCACGAGUUCAACGACGGGCUAAUCCCGCUGUACAUCACGUCGCAGCAUUUCGACAGGCAGGUGGUGUUCGUCAUGCUCGAGUACCACGACUGGUGGAUGACGAAGCACGGCCACGUCGUCUCCCGCCUCUCCGACUACCCGCCGAUCGACUUCUCCGGCGACCGCCGCACCCACUGCUUCCCCGAGGCCAUCGUCGGGCUCCGCAUCCACGACGAGCUAUCGAUCGACGCGGCGAAGACGAAGUCGAACAAGAGUAUAAGCGACUUCCGCCGCCUCCUCGACGAAGCCUACGCGCCGCGCGUCCGCGCCAUCGACCGCGACGAACAAUCACAUCGCAACAACAGCAACAGCAGCAGCAGCAGCAACAGCAACAACAGAAGUAAUGAGAAGGCUCCGAAGAUGGUGAUAAUGUCGCGGAACGGAUCGAGGGCGAUCGAGAACGAGCGGGAGGUGGUGGAGGCGGCGGAGGCGGUGGGGUUCGAGGUGGAGGUGAUGAGCCCGCAGCGGGACACGGAGCUGGCGAGGAUCUACCGGGCGCUGAACUCGUGCGACGUGAUGGUGGGCGUGCACGGGGCGGCGAUGACGCACUUUCUGUUCAUGAGACCGCGGUCGGUGUUCGUGCAGGUCGUGCCGCUCGGGACCGACUGGGCGGCGGAGAUGUACUACGGCGAGCCCGCGCGGAAGCUCGGGCUGCGGUACGCCGCCUACAAGAUACUCCCGCGCGAGAGCUCGCUGUACAGGAAGUACAGCAGAAAUGCUACAAUAUUAAAAGAUCCGGACAGCGUCAACGCGCAGGGCUGGCAGGUGACGAAGAAGGUGUACUUGGACGGGCAGAACGUCAGGUUGGAUAUUGGGAGGUUCAGGAAGCGCUUGGUUAAGGCGUUUGAAUACGUGACUAAGAAGAGAAGGAGGCAACAGCUGCAGCAGCUGCAGCAACUGCAGCGGCGGCAGCAGCAGCGGAGAAUCAAGAGAUGAGAAAUAACGGAGAGUAUAAAUUGUGAAUUUUGUUCUUUCAAUUGAUUUUUAUACUAUCAUAUGUAUACAUACAUUUGUGAUUUUGUUUGUGAAUAAUUGCUGAGAAAAAUAAAAUGUAGAUGCCUGUGUAUUGUUCUACUGCAA